CCGCAAAGUCGGAGGCAAAAUCUGCAGGUCGCCGUCCAGACCGAGUGCUGAGCGAGCUAACUUUGCAGCCGGGGCCAGGGAGCCGAGACGAUCCCGCCGGGCGCGCACCGCCCUGCCCGGCCGGCCCCCUCCGCAGAGCGCGCCGAGGCCCGGGCCGCUGCUACCUUCCGGCCACGCGGCGGCCCCGCCUCCGCUCCCAACUUCCUUCCCCGGUGUGGCGGGAACCCACGUCGCGUGCAGGUCGCUGAGCGGGGCUGGGCUGGAAACGCGGACCACGCACCACGUGGCGCGGCCGGAGCGUGGGACCAGAGACCGUCUGGAGUCCAUCUUCUGUGGUUUUUCUGACUGAUCCAGCAUGAGCACCGUCCCCUGCAAGAAACGGGAGGACUACCUGGAGUGGCCUGAGUACUUCAUGGCCGUGGCCUUCUUAUCGGCACAGAGAAGCAAAGAUCCAAAUUCCCAGGUUGGAGCCUGCAUCGUGAACGCGGAAAACAAGAUCGUGGGCAUCGGGUACAAUGGCAUGCCGAACGGGUGCAGCGAUGACCUCUUGCCUUGGAGGAGGACGGCGGAGAGGAAGCUGGACACCAAAUACCCUUACGUGUGCCACGCCGAGCUGAAUGCCAUCAUGAACAAAAACUCGGCCGACGUGAAAGGCUGCAGCAUCUACGUGGCCCUGUUCCCGUGUAAUGAGUGCGCUAAGCUCAUCAUCCAGGCAGGUAUCAAAGAAGUUAUAUUCAUGUCUGAUAAAUACCACGAUAGCGAGGAGACCAUCGCUGCGAGGCUCAUGUUCGAUAUGGCUGGGGUCACCUUCAGGAAAUUCACACCCAAGUGCAGCAAGAUUGUCAUUGACUUUGAUUCGAUUAACAGCAGGCCCAGUCAGAAGCUUCAGUGAGUGCCAUCUCCUUGAGCCCCCGCCGGAAGAUUGGGAUUAUCCUCCUCUAAGGAGCUGCUAAUGCCUUCCAUCCUGAAGGUCCUCAUCACUUUCCAGUGGCCAGCACAGCCAAAGCACACAGCGAGAGAAUAUCAAGCCUCACUUCUCCGACUCUCUGUCCUGUCCCAUGCAAUCUGCAUCUGAUUAAGCUCUCGACUUAGGGUUUAAGGUCAAGGAGCCUGUCCAUGGCCUGCCUCGGGGGCCGGAGGGGCAAGCUUUUACCUUGGCGGCGCGACAGAAGCGCACCCCCACUCUGUCACCCACUGCCUGUCGCAGCUGCUCCACACGGCUCCAUGGCUGGGAGGACAAACAAAUAAUUGUUGCGUCCCCGGCGGGACGAGCAGGCACACUGAUUGGAACAUCUGGCCCAAAUGAAGCAUAACAUGUAGUGCCCUUGGGGGGGAGGAAAUAGGACCCACGUGCCAGUAGCAUUUACAGGAUCUGCGGGAGAGAGUUGAGGGAAACACCCGCCCCCAAAUCCUAGAGGACGGCACAGCCGUUGCCAGAGUGGGUGGGCGUAACUGCGCUUGGGGUGCUUUCCCUGCUUUUGCCCUCCUGCUCGGGUCUGCAAGUGGGGGCGCACUUGCUUGGCCCCCAGACCACGCCCUGCUGUGGUGGGCGGGGUUGCGUGGCUGGGCGUGCCGUCACGGGUCCUUUCCAAGGCCACUGCGCAACGCAGGGGAAAUGGAUUCGUCUCCUGUGCGUGAGGUGUGAGGAAAUGGAGGCGCCUGGAGGUGGUUCUCAUGCACGCGGGUGGGGGGACCUCGCCUGUGCUCCUGGCACCGUGCCUUCCUCCUCCGACACGAGUCGCACCUUCCUGCCACCGGGGCCCCCGGGGGACGUGUGGCUCUCCACGUGUCUUUAAUCUCACUUAAUUUUUAUUAAACACGCUCACUCAGUACCUUUGUUGAGCAAAUGGUUCCUUUAUCCUAAAGAUUAUUACUGUUUUAAGGUGCUCUUAUAUUUUUAUGAGGUUUUAUUGUCUCUUAGGUUUUGUACUCCAUAUUCUGGGGCGUGUUGUAAUUUGGCUCCUUACCAAUAUUAUUAAGAUCUUAUUAAAAACCUACCCUGCCGUAGUAUGUUCAUUUUAAUCUUGCAAUUAUAUGCUUGAGUCUCCAUUUCUGUCGUUUCUGCAUUGUCUGCGAAGCACAUUACAUGUGUCUUAAUGCUUAGAGAGCAGUCUGAGACGCCGACGCUGUGUUCCUCUCCCACGGCCGGUGGGUGGCGCUGUUGUGCAGACCACAUUGAAGACAGUGGAAGGUUCUCUUACUUCUCCCUCCUGUGCACCUGCACCUCACCUCGGGUGUGACCAUCUGAUAGGUCAUCAGGGCCACCCGCCGGGUCCUUCCUCUAAUACUUCAGUCUCCAGUCUGGCCCUCCCGCUGCUCUCUUGCUCUAUUAUCUCACUGAAUCUCCUCUCCGUGUUUUCUCUCUCAUCUCCUCCACACCCCUGGCCCUCUGUCUGCUCCAAAACACAUAAACCACAUGUAGAAGAAAAAAAACAAUAAAGACACUUAACGAUGGAAAAUACAUUA